AUGGCAGCCACACAAGUGGCGAUAACACAAUUGGCAGCUACACAGACCACGAUAACACAAAUGACCGCUACACAGACGGCGAUAACACAAAUGACAGCUGCACAAAUGGCGAUAACACAAUGCGAUAUCACAAAUGGAAGUUACACAGACGGCGAUAACACAAAUGGCAGCUACAUAGAUGACGAUAAUAGAAAUGGCAGCUACACCGAUGGCGAUAACACAAAUGACAGCUAUACAGACGAUGUUAAUACAAAUGGCAGCUACACAAACGACAAUAAUACAAAUGGUAGCAACAUAGAUGGCUUUAACACAAAUGGUAGCUACACAGAUAACGAUAUUAGAAAUGGCAGCUACACAGAUGUCAAUAACACAAAUUGCAGCUACACAGGUGGCGAUAACACAAAUGGCAACUCCACAGACGGUGAUAACACAAAUGGCAGCUGCAGAGAUGACAAUAACACAAAUGGCAGCUACACAAACGACGAUAACACAAGUGGAAACUAUACAGAUGAUGAUAACACAGAUGAAAGCUACACAUACGAUGAUAAACAAAUAGCAGCUACACAGACGACGAUAACACAAAUGGCACCCACACAAAUGACAGCUACAUAG